AUGAACGUGGCUAGCCUCAUCAGCUGCGAGCAGCCAGAGCCCUUCCGUGGACCUACGAGCUCAUAUUUCACUCGACUACGGUCUCCGUCUAUCCCCCAUAGAGCUCCAAAAGAGCGCACGCCGUCCGCUUCUCCAUAUAGCAGAGCCACUAGAUUUCCACUGUCGCCGUCAGAGGAUGACGGAAAGCCAAAAUGCUCUCUACCUUCUAUUUCGUCUCUCUUUCGAGAGGUCAGCGGGGUGGCUGACACUCAUGUUGCGAAGCGCCAACGAACAAACCCUCCCCAGAUUGAUUUGAGUCUGAAAGGUCGAAAUGCACAUCAUGAUGACGCCGCCGCCAGACUGAGACCUGCUUUGCCGCUCACGCCUCCUCUGAGACCCGAUUCAAGCAUGACUACCAACCAAUCUCAAUGUAUCUCGUCACCACCGCGCAGCGCCAUCUCCCUACCUAGCAUCGUUAGUGGUUACCCGUCACCGAUUUCAGAGGCCCCAGAAGCCCGACGGAUGUCUCAAAACUCGCCCCACUCAAGAGGACUCUCGACUUCGCAUUCUCAAGCUCCAUGCCCCGAGACUCGUUACCCAUCACCACCACAGGCAAAUUCCCCAGCGUUCUCCGCCCCAGCUGAGCAACCCUCAGCUGGUCCGGAGUUUUACACUCCCGCUACGCGAACUGGCAGCUUCCCUCCGAUCGCAUUUACUGUCAUUCCAACCCCAACCACACAACCUCAGAUGCUUCCCCUGAGAGGACCUGCAUGGCAACAUCAUCACUACUUUCCUCCGUCAAAUACAACUGCAUACCCACUCAACCACGAUCGGUAUAUCUGCCGAAUCUGCCACAAAGCCUUCUCUCGGCCCUCUAGUCUCCGCAUUCACUCGCAUAGCCAUACUGGCGAAAAGCCCUUCCGAUGUCCUCAUGCUGGCUGCGGCAAGGCGUUCAGUGUGCGAAGCAACAUGAAGCGACAUGAGAGAGGCUGCCAUCCUGGAAGAGCAACAGCACAAGCGGCCUUGGUCAACUAA